UAUAAAUGAAGCGGCUGGUCUGAGAGAGGAGGCAGAACACAGCAGGAGAUCCAGAGAGGAAGAGGAGAUCCAGAGAGGAAGAGGAGAUCCAGAGAGGAAGAGGAGAUCCACCCUGUUCACAGCAGAGACCACUCAGCACUGAACUACAACCGUCUCCAGUCAAAAUGUCUGCAGCUAAAGGUGUAGCGAUCGGCAUCGACCUGGGCACCACCUACUCCUGUGUCGGGGUUUUCCAGCACGGAAAGGUGGAAAUCAUCGCCAACGACCAGGGCAACAGGACAACCCCCAGCUAUGUGGCGUUCACUGACACUGAGAGACUCAUCGGAGACGCGGCCAAGAACCAGGUGUCUUUGAAUCCCAGCAACACUGUGUUCGAUGCCAAGAGGCUGAUCGGAAGGAAGCUGGAUGAUUCAGUGGUGCAGGCUGACAUGAAGCACUGGCCCUUCAACGUGGUCGGAGAUGCAGGGAAGCCCAAAAUUCAGGUGCAAUACAAAGGAGAGGACAAAACCUUCUCCCCUGAGGAGAUUUCCUCCAUGGUCCUGGUGAAGAUGAAGGAGAUUGCUGAGGCCUACCUCGGCCACCAGGUGUCCCAGGCGGUCAUCACGGUCCCGGCGUACUUCAACGACUCCCAGCGUCAGGCGACUAAAGACGCAGGUGUCAUCGCAGGACUGAACGUCAUGAGGAUCAUCAACGAGCCGACGGCAGCCGCCAUCGCGUACGGUCUGGACAAAGCCAAGACGGGAGAGCGCAACGUCCUGAUCUUUGACCUGGGUGGAGGCACCUUCGACGUGUCCAUCCUGACCAUUGAAGACGGUAUCUUUGAGGUCAAAGCCACGGCUGGAGACACUCACCUGGGCGGAGAGGACUUUGACAACCGCAUGGUCAACCACUUUGUGGAGGAGUUCAAGAGGAAACACAAGAAGGACAUUAGCCAGAACAAGAGAGCCUUGAGGAGGCUGCGCACAGCUUGUGAGAGGGCCAAGAGGACCCUGUCCUCCAGCUCCCAGGCCAGCAUUGAGAUUGAUUCUCUGUUUGAGGGCAUCGACUUCUACACCUCCAUCACCAGGGCUCGCUUUGAGGAGCUGUGCUCCGACCUGUUCAGGGGAACAUUGGAGCCGGUGGAGAAAGCCCUGAGGGAUGCCAAAAUGGACAAGGCACAGAUCCACGACAUCGUCCUGGUCGGGGGCUCCACCCGAAUCCCCAAAAUCCAGAAACUCCUGCAGGAUUUCUUCAACGGCAGGGAGCUGAACAAGAGCAUCAACCCAGAUGAGGCCGUGGCUUACGGUGCUGCCGUCCAGGCCGCCAUUCUCACGGGUGACACCUCUGCCAACGUUCAGGACCUGCUGCUGCUGGACGUGGCGCCUCUGUCCCUGGGUAUCGAGACAGCCGGAGGAGUCAUGACGUCCCUGAUCAAACGUAACACCACCAUCCCUGCUAAACACACCCAGGUGUUCAGCACCUACUCUGACAACCAGCCCGGGGUCCUCAUUCAGGUCUACGAAGGGGAAAGAGCCAUGACCAAGGACAACAACCUGCUGGGCAAGUUUGAGCUGACGGGAAUCCCACCUGCUCCACGAGGGGUGCCGCAGAUUGAGGUCACCUUCGACGUGGACGCCAACGGCAUCUUGAACGUGUCAGCUGUGGACAAAAGCACCGGCAAACAGAACAAGAUCACCAUCACCAACGAUAAGGGCCGACUGAGCAAAGAAGAGAUCGAGAAGAUGGUGCAGGAAGCGGACAGAUACAAAGCUGAAGACGAACUUCAGAGGGACAAGAUCGCUGCCAAGAACUCUCUGGAGUCGUACGCCUUCAACAUGAAGAGCAGUCUGCAGGAUGAGAACUUGAAGGGCAAAAUUAGUGAGGAGGACCAGAAGAAGCUGAUUGCAAAGUGUGAUGAGACCAUCCUCUGGCUGGAGAACAACCAGCUGGCUGAUAAAGAGGAGUACCAACACCAGCAGAAAGAGCUGGAGAAAGUGUGUAACCCCAUCAUCAGCAAGUUGUAUCAGGGAGGAAUGCCCAGCGGUAGUUGUAGACAGGAGGCAGGAGCCAGCUCCCAGGGGCCCACCAUUGAGGAGGUGGACUAAAGUGCCCCUUCAUGUGGACUCUCUAAACACUGAAGCUGGUUAUGAUUCAACUGUAACUGCCUCAUGUUUGUAUGUUUGAAUCUUUUAGAGAUGUGACCCUUCAUAUGGACUCUCAAUGUUUAAUCUUGCACGUCAUGUCUAUAAAUAUUUAUCCUUCUAUUGAUGAUUUGUACACUUCAUAAUCAAAACCUUUCUGGGGAAGUUGUUCAUGUUUUUAUAUUGUUGCAUUGCUGGACUUUGCAAUAAAGAUGGUGAUAAGUAAAUAAUCA